AUGAAGGACAUACUCCUCGCCUCUGAGCAGGCACUUCAAAGACGUUUUCUAGAACACCAGUCGGCUGUAGCACGGAUCGCCUGUGACCAGUUGGAUGCUGAUAAGCACCUCGAUAAGAUUCUGGCCAACAGGAGACAAGAUCAAAGUGACCUUCUGGCUCGGCUGACCUCAGAGGUAAAAAUAUCCCUACUAUAUGUAUCUUGUCUUCUAACGCAUCUCCUACUCAUCUAA